AUGCCGCCAUGCCCUGGUAACCAGGCACCCCCUGGUAACCAGCUAAUCCCUGGUAACCAGGCACCCCCUGGUAACCAGCUACCCCCUGGUAACCAGCCAACCCCUGGUAACCAGCCAACCCCUGGUAACCAACCAACCCCUGGUAACCAGCUAAUCCCUGGUAACCAGGCACCCUCUGGUAACCAGGCACCCCCUGGUAACCAGCUACCCCCUGGUAACCAGCCAACCCCUGGUAACCAGGCACCCUCUGGUAACCAGGCACCCCCUGGUAACCAGCCAACCCCUGGUAACCAGCUAAUCCCUGGUAACCAGCCAAUCCCUGGUAACCAGCCAACCCCUCGUAACCAGCUACCCCCUGGUAACCAGCUACCCCCUGGUAACCAGCUAAUCCCUGGUAACCAGCCAACCCCUGGUAACCAGCUAACCCCUGGUAUCACACAGACCCUGGGUAUCCCGCGAUCCCCUGGUAACCAGCUACCCCGUGGUAACCAGCCAACCCCUGGUAACUAG